AUGUCCAUCCCUCUACCUCCAUCCGACACGCCGGCCAUCCCCCACCCCGACGUGGCUGCCACCCGCCAAUCCACCAUCACUACCACCGGUCUCCCCUCCAACCCCUCCCCCCACCUCCGUUCCCACUCCCGCUGCUCCUCCCCCACCCUCACAUCCCCCACCUCUCCGAUCUCCAAACCUCACUCUCCCUCCGACUCCCUCUCCCCAACCACCACCCUCUGCAGCUGCUGUCGCAACCUGCUGGCGGCCCCGGAACUCACCCAACCCCGGGGCCCCUCCGAAACCGUUACCCCGGCCUCAACAUUCCCCUCAUCCCCGCCGCCAACGGCCAUCGCUACAUCCCCGCCAUCCUACGCCCGCUCCCCCCGCAGCGUCCCGAAACGCCCGCAGAAACGCGCCACGGCCGGCGGGAGACGGGCGCGGAACAACAGCUUCGUGCGGAUCGGGAAGCGGAUCAAGAUGGAGCUGCAGAGCUGUUUCGUGGAUCCGAACGUGAAGGCGGGGGGGCAAGGGGGCGGUAGUGGCGGAGGUGGAGGAGGUGGAGGAGGGGGAGGAAUUCAGGGAGGGAGCGGGGAGCAGGCGCAGGUUCAAGUGCCGUAUGAAACGCACUUUGAGAAGGUACCGGACUUGCAUUGGACGGAGAGGUAG